AUGGAUUUUUUAAUUUUCUGCCAAGUCUCUUUAGGUCAUAUUGACAUGGAAAAUCGUCAAUGUGUAAAUUGUGGAGUCACCCAAACCCCUUUAUGGCGACGUGAUCAUACACAUGGGCAUCACUUAUGUAAUGCUUGUGGCCUCUAUCAACGAAUGAAUGGGGGACAGAAUAGGCCGCUUGAGAAGCCUAAGAAACGGCAGGUGAGGAAAUUUAAGAGUCAAAAUAAGUAA